GUCUCCCGCCAGCAAUCAACCAACUCGGGUGGACGCUCCCAAUCCGGGCCCGGCACGGCGCUUGGCACUUUGACUGCUUCUCCUGCGGCCUCUGCCAAUCGAACGAGGCCGUGGGCUGCACUUCACAUGCACGUGGUCAAUCCCCCCCAAACCGAGCCCUUGCUGCCCAGCCACCCUAGCCCGACCCAGAACUUGGGGUAA